CGUGUGGACGUCGCACGUCAUAUUGAAUGCAGAACAACAGUGCAUUGCUCUUUGGAAGAAUGCUGUGUUAGAGGGGAGAAGAAAGUUUCUUUCCAUGAGAUGAGAAGAAAGAAUUGUUUGCUCCACUUCAUUAGAUCAAGAUGCGAUAUUGGUUUAUUUGCAAUUAAAUUUUGUGAGGAGAAAACUACACGGAUGGAAAUUGCUAUGUAGCACUUCUUAAAUAAAGGAAAACUCAGACAAAUAAUUUUCAAGACAAUAUGGAAGCGUGUGAUUUCUGCGAUAAAGAGUUUUGUAACACUGCCCUGCUAAAGGAACAUUUUAAGACACAUAUAAGCAUUGUACAAAGCAUGGAAGCAUGUGAUAUAUGUGGUAUGAAUUUAAGUGAUUCCUCUCAGCUCAGGGAACAUAUGCAGACACACACAGGGGAGAAACAAAACAUUGAAACCUGUGAUUUAUGUGGUAAUGAUUUUAGUGACUUCUCUCAGCUAAAGGAACACAUCAAGACACAUAGAGAGGAUGAACCAGACAUAGAAUCGUGUGAUGUCUGCUAUAGAACGUUCACCGACUUCUCUCAGCUAAAGGUACACAUUAAGACACACAUAGACAAGGAACUAAACACGCAAAAAAGUGAUGAAAAUCAUAAGGAAUUCAGCUACUCGUCUCAGCAAGAGGAACAUAGCGAGAAAAAUGGAGGUGAGGAAAUAAUGAUGGAUUCAGGUAAUGCAAGUGAUGUAGAGCCAAUUAUCUUCUUUCUGCUAAAGGAACAGAAUGAAACAGAUACAACGAAAAAUAUAGACAAUUUCAGGUGCCAAAUCUGUGACCAAGGGUUUAGAAGAAUAAGUGAUAUGCAAACACACAUUGCGAUGCAUACAGGAGAGAUAACAGUCACAUGCGAUGUCUGUGGUAUAAAAUGUAGUUCCGUUCAAAGCCUAACGAAACACCUCAAAAAGCAUAAGUUAAUUAGUUCACCGAAGAAGCAGAACGUGUGUAAGUACUGUGGUAAGGAAUUUAAGCUUGGACUAAGCCUACAAAGACAUCUUCAGACACAUAAAGCUGGGCUUUCACCAACAUAUGAUGUGUCUAGUCAGGGUUGGGAUUCAACAUCUGGGCCACAAAAUAAUUUGAAACGACAAGAAAUCAUGUCAUACAAAUGUGUUGUCUGUGACCAAGAGUUUCCACUCUUAACCGAUUUUCAAAAGCACAUCUUGACGCAUGAAGGUUGUGGCAGGGAUUUUGUUCAGGCUACUUUUCAUCAAAAACAUGCGAGUUAUGUGUGCGAUAUUUGUGGUGAACACUUUUCAAAGAUGUUAGAACUAUCUGCACAUUUACGGACACACAGGAGGAAAAAGUCAUAUCAGUGUGGUAUCUGCGGUAUGGAGUGUGCACAGAGCUGUCACUUGUCAACACAUGUCAGAACACAUACAGGCGUGAAACCGUAUCAUUGUGAUAUCUGUGGCAAGGAAUUUUCGCAGAACAGUAAUCUGCUUACGCAUAAAAAAUUACAUACAGGAGUGAAAAAAUAUGAUUGUGAUAUCUGUGGAAAAGAGUUUUCGCAGAAAGUUAAUCUUCUUAAACACAGCAAAAAACAUACAGAAGUGAAACCAUACACAUGUGAUAUCUGUGGUAAGGAGUUUUCCCAGAGAGAUGAUUUCCAUACACACAGCCAAACACAUACAGAAGUAAAACCUUACAAAUGUGAUAUCUGUGGUAAGGAGUUUUCUCGGAAAAGCAAACUUGUUGUACAUGUCAGAAUACAUACAGGUGUACAUGUGAAACCACAUCAGUGUAAAAUCUGUGGUAAGUUGUUUUCGCUGAAAUGUAAUCUAAUUACACACAGCAAAACACAUACAAGAGUGAAACUAUUUAAAUGUGGUAUCUGUAGUAAAGAAUAUUCGGGGAAAUAUUAUCUUCUAAAACAUGUCAAAAAACAUAAAGAUGAAAAACCAAACACAAAACUCGGAGAGAUAUCCAACAAAGUGAAAAAUUCAAGAAGGAAACAAAACCUGGAAACUCGUGAUGAAAAGUUCUUCGACUCUGAUCACCUUAAGGUACAUAUCGGACUAUAUUCAAGUAGGAAACCGAACUCAAGAAAGUGUGAUGUUUCUGAUCAAGACUUCAGUGAUGUAAGUGUGAAACCAUAUCAGUGUGAUAUCUAUGAUAAGACGUUUUCGCAGAAAAGUGAUCUUCUUAACCACAGCAAAACACAUACAGAAGUGAAACCAUACACAUGUGAUAUCUGUGGAAUGGAAUUUUCACAGAGAGAUGAUUUCCAUACACACAGCCGAACACAUACCGAAGUAAAACCAUACAAAUGUGAUAACUGUGGUAAGGAGUUUUCUCGGAAAAGCAAACUUGUUGUACAUGUCAGAAUACAUACAGGUGUACAUGUGAAACCUCAUCAGUGUAAUGAAAAGUUCUUCGACUCUGAUCACCUUAAGGUACAUAUCGGACUAUAUUCAAGCAGGAAACCGAACUCAAGAAAGUGCGAUGUUUCUGAUCAAGACUUCAGUGAUGUAAGUGUGAAACCAAAUCGGUGUGAUAUCUAUGGUAAGGCAUUUUCUCAGAAAGGUAAUCUUCUUAAACACAGCAAAACACAUACAGAAGAGAAACCAUACACAUGUGAUAUAUGUGGUAAGGAGUUUUCUCGGAAAAGUAAACUUGAUGUGCAUGUCAGAAUGCAUACAGGUGUGAAACAACAUCAGUGUAAAAUCUGUGGUAAGGUGUUUUCGCAGAAAUGUAAUCGAAUUACACACAGCAAAACACAUACAAUAGUGAAACCAUUUAAAUGUGGUAUCUGUAGUAAAGUAUAUUCGGGGAAAAAUUAUCUUCUCACACAUGUCAAAAAACAUAAAGAUAAAAAACCAAACACGGAACUCGGAGAGAUAUCCAACAAAGAGCAGACUUCAGUGAUGCAUCUCAAGGAACAUAUGCAGACACACACAGGGGAGAAACAAAACAUAGAAACCUGUGAUUUAUGUGGAAAUGACUUUAUUGACUUCUCUCAGCUAAAGGAACACAUCAAGACACAUAGAGAGGAGAAACCAGACAUGGAAUCAUGUGAUGUCUGCUAUAGAACGUUCACCGACUUCUCUCAGCUAAAGGUACACAUUAGGACACACAUAGACAAGAAACUAAACACGCAAAAAAGUGAUAUAAAUCAUAAGGAAUUCCGUUACUCCUCUCAGCAAGAGGAACAUAGCGAGAAAAAUGAAGCUUCUAAAACACAUAGAGAGGUAAAACCAUAUCAGUGUGAUAUCUGUGGUAAGGUGUUUUCGCAGAAAUGUAAUCUUCUUCCACACAGCAAAACACAUAGAGAAGUAAAACCAUAUCAGUGUAAUAUCUGUGGUAAAGAUAUUUCAUAUAAAUGUAAUCUAAUCUCACACAGCAAAACACGCAAAAGUGGAACCAUACACAUGUGAUAUCUGUGGUAAAGAAUAUUUGGCGAAAGUUUAUCUUCUAAGACAUGUCAAAAAACAUUAGGAUGAAACCAAACACGGAACUCCGAGAGGUAUCCAGCAAAGGGUUAAAUGACAGGACAAACUUAGACUUGGUAACAUAUAUGGAACAUUGUAAUUUUUGUUAUAAAGAAUUUAGUGACCAAACUGGACUCAAAGCACACAUCAAGACGCAUAUAGACGCGGAAUCCAACGCGGGAAAGUGUGAUGAAAACUCCAUCGACUCUGCUUAGCUAAUUUAGGCACGCAUUGGAUCACAUUCAACAAACCAUUUCCACUCGCCAUAGACUUGCAGAUACACCAUCGAACACAUAAGAGAGGUGAGCAGUGUAAGUGUGAAGGCUGUGGUAAGAUUUUUACUCGGACUGAUUUACUACAGAACCAUAUUUGGACUUCAUGUGUAGGAAAGACACGAUACACGUUUGGUGUUUGUAACGAACACUGUUCUGGGAUGCGUGAGUUAUCAACACAUUUAAAAAAGAAAAAAAACAUGAAAAGGGGGAAAGGCCUUUUAAGUGUGGUAUAUGUUGUAAGGUGUACGGGGUAAACGAUACACUGUUGUAAAAUGUCAAAGGUCAUAGAGUAGAGAGCCGAUACAAGUGUGAUAAAUGUUGUAAGAUAUUUUGUAAUAAAAUACACCUAGAGAGACAUCAUGCCGUAAAACAUACUAAUGUAUGCGUGAUAUGUGUUGUCAGGGUGCGUUCUCAAGGUUAUUUGUUCCUGAGAAUUUCCAUAUACAUAUAUAGAUAUAAAACAUCAGGAAAAAAAAUGAUAAGAAUACGAUAUUUAGAUCUGUUUAUCAACUUGUAAUGGUUCUUAUAAGUUUUACCUAUAGGAAGGGAACAGUGUGAUAUCCGUGGUAAAUGUUUUAUCAUCGCCAUCUAAUUAAUAACCAGUUACAGCAUGUUCCUACAUAAAUUGGGAAAAUAUAGCAAAUUUAUUGAGAUUGAAAUUAUUUU